AAUAAAAUAUAUUCAAAGAUAAAAUUCGGUCAAUUAUUCUAAUUAAAUCUUAAUAUUCCUGAAAAAUGUUUUACAAAACUUAUUCUUUUAUUUUAAUUUUUAUGUGUCAUUUUUACAUUAGAGAUGUUUUUGCAGAUAUACUUAUAAGUGACAAUGCAGGAAAUCAAAUUUUUCAUAUAACGGCUGAUAGUUCCAAACAAUAUGAGAAUUUCAAUAUGACUUUUGUAAAUGUAAAAGAAAUUUUUGCAGAAAUUUGUUUGAAUUAUAAGAAUUAUAACAGCAGUCGAAAAAAUGGAAAAAAAAUUGAACUUCAAAUUACGUUUAAAAAAGAUUGUAUCUCAUUAUGCCAUAAGAAAAAAUCAGCAUUACAAAAGUACCAUUACGACGGAAAUAAUAUUAAAAGGUUGGAAUCAUUUAUACAAAUGCUAGACAACAGUAUUGAAUUUAAAGUAGUUAAAAUCAAUAGUAAUCUUAACAGAAAUACACAUUUAAUAAAUGAUACAAUUUAUGAUAAAAAAAUAAAAGAUCAACUAGAAGGUAUUCAAAAAUUGUCUUCAUGGAAUUAUGUCAAAAAUGAUAUUAUUAAAUUGUACUCUAUUGAAAAAUCUUAUAUAACGCUUGAAGAUUUAAUUAAUAAUUCAACAACAUACAAAAAAACUCUUCAAUCGACUAUUGAAGAAGCAAAGAAUAUUAUGUUUGAUCGAUCUUUAAAGUAUGUGAUCUUGCUAUCUGUAUAUGCCUAUGAAAUUCUAAUAAUUCAACAUAAUUCAAAAUCAUAUUGGGGACAGUUAUUAGAAGUUUCUGAUAAAAUAAAUAAAACAAUGUUAAAAUUGGAUCACCUUAAUUUUUUAAGUUCCCACUUAGACCAAUUGAAAGAUGCAAAUCAUGAUGGAACAGGUAGACUGGCUAGAUUAAAAGGAUUGAUACAUCAAUGCGCAAGCUAUUUUUUAACACACGAAGAAUUGAAAAAAUGUGAUUUUCAAUAUGAAUUAACAGAUUCCGAUCUUUGGGAUAAUCACAUACUACCACAAGAUAUAAUAAAUAAAUUAUUAAAUGGAUUUCCCAAACAACAAGAAAAUGAAGAGCCAUACAAUUUUCAUGAUAUACAGAAAUUUCAUGAUAAAGAAAAACAUCUAGAUAAAAUGAAGAAAAAAUUAGAGAAAAUUUUUAGUUUAAUUCACGCAGAAUAUAACACAAUUAUCUAAUUAGUUUGUAACUUUUGAUAAAAUCUUUGAAUAGGGUAUAAUAUUUAUCUUACCUAGUAUAAAUUUAUCUUCUAAAAACCUUUAUAUCAAUAAUUAUUUUUAAAUCUGCUUAAAUUAUUUAAGCAGAUUU